AUGGAAUACAGGAAGAUCCUUUCAAGGUCUUUAGCUCAUGGAACAGUUCUCAUCAUUUCUGCAAAUGGCAAGGAGUUACUUGCAGUCAGAGGCAUCACCAGAGAAAUUCAGUCACUUUAUCUUGGAAACAACUCUUUCAAGGGAGAAUUUCCUGCUAAUGUGACACAUUGUUCAGACCUUAGAGUCAUUAAUUUAAUCAAGAAUAAUCUCAGUGGGAAGGUUCCUAUUCAGCUCGGUUCCCUGCCCAAGCUUGAAUAUUUAGACCUAGCUCAGAAUCACUUUAUUGGGACAAUCCCACCUGCACUUGGGAACCUCUCAGCUCUUCGUUGGCUUUAUAUGUCAACCAACAAUUUACAAGGCCAAAUUCCUAUUGAAAUUGGAAAGCUCUCAAACUUGGAACAUCUUCAGUUGUCUAUAAACAAGCUUUCUGGUCCGAUCCCACCUACUCUUUACAACAUUUCGACAAUCCAUUUUAUAGCUCUAGCCUCAAACCAAUUCCAUGGAAGCUUGCCCCCUAAUCUAGGCCUUGUUUUUCCAAAACUUGAAACAAUUUUUAUGGGAUCAAACCAGUUCUCUGGGACCAUUCCUGGCUUGCUGGCCAAUGCGUCAGGUCUCGUACAGAUUUCUCUUGCUGAAAAUUCUUUCACUGGGGGCAUACCACAGAACUUGGGUGAUCUUCAACAACUUGAAGUUUUACAAUUUGCGGGUAAUCCACUUGGGGCUGAGAAAGCGAAUGACUUGCACUUUCUCACCUCCUUGACUAACUGCACCAAACUCAGGUGGUUGGUUCUGUAUAACAAUCAGCUUGGAGGUGUGUUGCCCACUUCAAUUGGUAAUAUCUCCACCAAGUUCGUAGGACUGAAUUUGGAUCAGAACUACAUAUCAGGAAGCAUACCUCCGGAAAUUGGGAAAAUUGUCAACUUGGAGCUGCUUACAUUAAAUGACAACCAUCUCACUGGCAACAUUCCCAAUUCCAUUGGAAAAUUUAAAAUGAUGCAAGAGGUCUAUCUGAGCAACAACAAAAUCUCAGGGAAGAUUCCAGCCACCUUUGGUAACAUGUCAAAACUCAGUAUUCUUGAAUUGAAUCAAAAUAUGCUAGAUGCAAGUACACCAGUUUCUUUGGGAAAUUGCACGAAUCUACAAGGACUGGAUCUUUCACAGAAUCGCCUUACCGGUAUGAUACCCAAACGAAUUGUUGGACUUCCUUCACUCACUCUAGGCCUCUCUGUAGCUCAGAAUUUCCUAGCAGGACCACUACCAUCAGAAGUGAGUUAUAGAAAAAUAUUGGGCUAUUCGAUGUUUCAAGAAACCAACUAUCAGGAAACUAGGCCAGUAAAUGGAUCGGAUUCGGAUCGGAUCAGUCAAAAUCCGAAUCCGAUCCGAAUCCGUUUAGUCUAUAUCCGAUUAUAG